UUCUCCGAUUUUUCUCCUUUCUCCGAUUACCCUUCUUAAAACUGCCCGGUGACAACGUCUCUGCAACGAGCUGCCGGUAAUUGACGUUACAAAAAUUUUUAAAUUGCUUCUCAUUCGAAACCCUAGAAAUAUUUUUAGUACUAUUUAGCUUAAUUUAAUCGGAAUUAGGUUGAGGCAUGGCGGCACCACCGCCGCGGGAGCAGGCGAUGGCUUUACUUGCCGCGGCAAACAACCACGGCGAUUUGGCAGUAAAGAUAUCGUCUUUGAAGCAAGCAAAAGAUAUUCUGUUAGCAGCUGAGCCGUUUCAAGCCGCCGAACUAUUUCCUUUUCUGGUCGAGCUUCAGUCAUCGCCUGAAAGUCUCGUUCGAAAAACCCUUGUUGAUGUAAUUGAGGACAUUGGGUUGAAAGCAUUGGAGCAUUUUUCCGUACUAAUGCCAGUUUUAAUGACAUUCUUAAAAGAUGAAAAUGCUAUGGUCGUGAAGCAAUCCAUAAUUACAGGCACGGGUAUCUUUUGUAGUGUGUUGGAGGAGUUAUCAUUGCAGUUUCUCCGGCAUGGCACUGUUGAGAUGUGGCUUGAAGACCUUUGGACAUCAAUGGUUAAAUUCAAGGAAGCUGUUCUUGACAUACUUUUUGAGGCUGCUCCUCUUGGCAUAAAGAUUCUGACAAUAAAGUUCCUUGAAGUACAAAUUUUACUUUUCACACCUGAUAGAAAUGACUCUGAAAGAUCCGCAGGAGAAGGUAUAGGAAGAGAAGGACAGGGGUUUAAUAUCUCAUGGCUGGCUGGUCAUCACCCUGUUCUGGAUACAGCUAUGCUUACAUCAGAUGCAAAUAGAUCUCUUGGGAUUUUAUUGGAUUUGUUGCGAUCAGCUAGCAAUCUCCCUGGUUUAUUAACAAUAUCUAUUGUUAAUAGUCUUGCAGUUAUUGCAAGAAAACGGCCUACCAACUACAAUCCCAUACUUUCAGCACUGCUUGAUUUUGAUUCUAAAUUUGAGAUGACAAAGGGUGGCCAUAUUGCCAGUAUCCAGUAUUCUAUACGAACUGCUUUUCUGGGUUUUCUAAGAUGUUCCGACCCGGUCAUGUUGGAGUCAAGAGACAUAUUGCUGAAGGCUUUGAGAGCAAUGAAUGCUGCGGAUGCAGCUGAUCAGGCUCUCCGACAAGUUGAAAAGAUGAUGAGAAUUAAUGGACGUGCUUCACGUGACUCUAGGCUGAGCAAGGAUGAGCAACUGUCAGAUCACUCGCCUGCUUCGGUGGAUCAUGGGAGGAAGAGGUCCUUAUGUUUAGAUAAUGAAGAUCCAGAUGAUAACAAUGAUGUAGCUCUAAAAAGAGGUCGUUAUGGCUCUAAUAACCAUGUAGCUCCAUCUGUUGACAAAAAUGAUUCAGGGCAAGAUUAUGUAAAUGGAGUGUCCCCAAAGGUUCCCUUAUUGGACAGCAAUUUGACCGCUGUUGAGCAAAUGAUUGCAAUGAUUGGUGCUCUAAUUGCAGAAGGAGAAAGGGGUGUUGAAUCUCUUGAAAUUCUAAUAUCUAAUAUCCAUCCAGAUUUGCUGGCUGAUAUAGUCAUAACUAAUAUGAGACACUUGCCUAAAAACCCUCCUCCUUUAACUAGACCAUCUACUUCAGCUCGACAAGGUGAUUCAAGCAGUCCAUCUCAGAGUGUGGCACCAGUGGGCUCCACCGUUCUCGUGGAAGCUCCAGAAGUUGCAGCUCAAGUGCCUGUAUCUUCAUCAAAUGCAAUUAGCUCUUCAUCUUUUGAUAUGUCUACUUCCAAUAGUCUCCCUUCUGAUUCAAAGCGCGAUCCACGAAGAGAUCCUCGUCGUCUUGACCCAAGGCGUAUGAUGGCAUCUGUUAGUGUGCCUGCGGCUUCUGCUUCAGAGGAUAAUUCAAAUGCUACACAAACUAGUGGAUUACAACUUCAUGUGGAUUCUUCUAGUCCUUUUAUUAAGCCUCUUUCACCACCAGGAAACCUGAGCUCUGAAAGUAUAUUGGUUCCCAUGAUGCCUAAAUCUGAUGCUGGUUUGAGUUCACUAGAAACUUUGCCGACAUAUUAUGUUGAUCCGGUUACUGAAGAGGAAGCUGAGAAGGAUGGAUCAAGGGAAGUUGUUCCUGACGGAGAGGAAAAAGGUGCUUUGGAGGUUCCAUCAGUCCCUCUCAUUGAUGAGCAAGAGUUGGUGGGACAGUCAUCAUCAGAAUUUACAAUGGUGGAUGAAGUUUACUCCCCACCUUCACUGGAAGCAGAUGAACUUUCUCCUGCUAUUUCUGACAUGGAAGCCUCUGAGGAUGCAAGUGUAGAGUUGCCCGUGCUUCCAUCCUAUAUCAACUUGACUGAGAAACAGCAGAGCAAUGCCACAACAUUGGCAAUUGAACGGAUUUUUGGCUCUUACAAGAAUUUGCGAGGUCCAGGUGACAAACAAAUGCGCAUGGCAUUGCUUGCACGAUUGGUGGCACAGAUUGAUGCUGCUGCUGAUGAUGGUAUCGUGGCACUGCUAAAACAACUUGCUUUGGACUACCAUCGCCAAAAGGGGCAUGAACUCGUCCUGCAUGUGCUUUUCCACCUACAUUCACUUAUGUUAUCAGAUUCAGAAGAAACCUUGCCACUUGCUGCUGCUGCCUAUGAGAAUUUCCUGACUGGAGUGGCAAAAUCCUUGCUGGAGAGUUUACCAGCCACUGACAAGUCAUUCAGUCGUCUUCUUGGUGAUGUUCCUCUUUUAACGGAUUCUGUGAUGAAACUUCUUGAUGACUUGUGCUGUGAAAGAUAUUUGGCAAAAGAUGCUUCUGAUGACCGUGUUUCUCAAGGUCUGGGUGCUGUCUGGAGCUUGAUUUUGGGGCGGCCACUUAAUCGUCAGGCCUGCUUGGAUAUUGCUUUAAAGUGUGCCGUCCAUCCACAGGACCACAUUCGAGCAAAAGCUAUCCGUCUGGUGGCAAAAAAACUCUAUGUGCUUGGUUACAUUUCAGAGAGCAUUGAGCAGUUUGCAACGAGAAUGUUCUUGUCAGCCAUAGAUCAACGUGCUUCAGAUGUAGGCCUUUCUCAGUGUGGAGGGAGUGAACAGAGGGCAGAACCAGAGGUGGGAAGCCAAGAAACAUCUAUUAGUGGUUCUCAAGUUUCAGAGCCAGGGGUAUCUGAAAUCGACUCCAUGAAGGGUGCAGAAAUUGAUACUCAAAAUGAAUCUGCAGUGACAUUGGCUCAUGCUCAGCAGCAUGUGUCUCUGCUUUUUGCCUUAUGCCCAAAGAAACCUAGUCUCCUACGAAUUGUAUUUGAUAAUUAUGCACGUUCUCCCAAGGCGAUUAAGCAGGCUGUACAUCGCCAUAUUCCUGUUCUUAUAAGGGCUUUUGGGUCCUCCUAUUCUCAGCUGCUUGAAAUAAUAUCUGAUCCACCCACAGGAAGUGAAAAUCUUUUAACUCAGGUGAUCAGUGUUCUAUCCGAAGGGACAACACCUCCAGCUGAUGUUAUUGCCAUUGUCAAACUUUUAUAUGAAACAAAGCUGAAGGAUGCUACUAUUCUCAUUCCAAUACUGUCAUCAUUUUCCAAAAAGGAGGUUUUACCUAUUUUUCCUCAGCUGGUUAACCUCCCACCGGAUAAGUUUCAGACAGCACUUGCCCACAUACUACAGGGUUCUGCUCAUACAGGUCCCGCUUUGACACCGGCAGAAGUGAUGGUGGCAAUACACGACAUUAAUCCUGAAAGAGAUCAUCUUCCACUUAAAAAGAUUACAGAUGCUUGCUCAGUGUGCUUUGAGCAGCGAACGGUUUUCACCCAGCAGGUCAUGGCAAAGGCCUUAAAUCAGAUGGUGGAUCAAACUCCUCUACCACUUCUAUUCAUGAGGACUGUGAUUCAAACUACUGAUGCUUUCCCUGCUCUGGUGGAUUUUGUCAUGGAGUUACUGUCCAAACUUGUGAGUAGACAGGUAUGGAGAAUGCCAAAGCUGUGGGUAGGGUUUUUGAAAUGUGUAUCACAAACCCAGCCUCAUUCCUUCCGUGUGUUACUGCAGUUGCCAUCACCCCAGCUUGAAAGUGCUCUUAACAAAUAUGCUCACCUUCGAGGACCACUAGCUACCUAUGCAAGCCAACCUAGUGUGAGAAAUUCAUUAACUAGAUCAACGCUGGUACUUCUCAACCUUGUCGAUGAACCACAUCUGCAGAAAUCACAUCUUACAUCUUCAUUGCAUCCCCCAGACACUAGCUCUUCCCUUCAUGGAGCAAUGCCAACGUGACCCUUAUGUUUUCUGGAAUCUGCAACACCAAACCUUUUUCUUCACUCUCUGGGAAUUGCUUGAUCCCAGGAUUCCAGUCCCUGCAAGCUCGGUUGAAACUGGGAGUUCCGGCUCCAGCCAAUAUCUGCGUUACAAUUUAUUUGGAGCAAGGACUUCUAGUGCUGAUCCCGAAAAGGUUGGACAAUUCUGGGCCGUCACUCAGCACAAGGUGUUUUGGAAAAAAUUUCCUGGGCGGAAAUUCUCCCUCUGCACCAAAUCAUAGAAUUUCUAAUCACCGUGUUAUGCGAUGCGCAUGUCAUAGCUUAGCGAUUAUGAUCAAUAAAGAAGUUUAAUUCUUCUCAAAAGCUGUUGCUUGUAGACACGAGAGAUUAUUCGUUUAUGGAUUUUGCUUGCAUAUUGUUUGCGAUGAUUUUUGCCCACGGACAAGCAAGCAGCAAAUGAUAUUGGUGUACCCUCCCACUUAGUUUGGUUGGGAACUUGCCCUUUUCCAGGAAUGAGCAUGCAAUCCAUCCAGAAUGAUUAAAUCCCCUA